AUGGAAGGAAGAACAAUAGUGUUGUUGGCUUUGGCUGUGGCUUUGAUUGCUUGCACCAGCACCUCAUUGGCACAAACCGAAUACUACUCAAAGACCAGUCCAUAUUCUUCCAUGAAAAACCAAGUCACUAAUCUGCACUUCUAUUUCCAUGACACCCUCAGUGGUCAAAAUCCUAGUGUAACCUUGGUCGCCAAACCCAACACCACCGGUGCUACCCAAGUUGCACCGUUUGGUUCCUUGUUCGCAAUCGACGAUCCUCUCACCGUUGGUCCGGAUCCUGCCUCGGAGCUGAUUGGGAGGGCACAAGGGCUCUAUGUGUCUUCUAGCCAGGAAGAAUUAACACUAGUGAUGUAUGUUGAUUUUGGUUUUACCGCCGGAGAGUUUAAUGGGAGCUCUUUUAGUGUGGUUUCAAGGAAUCCGGUGAUGAACACAGAACGCGAACUCGCUGUGGUUGGAGGAAGAGGGAAGUUCAGGAUGGCUCAAGGGUUUGCUCUACUCAAGACAUACUCUUUGAAUGCUUCCACUGGUGAUGCCAUUGUUGAGUAUAAUGUCACUGUGGUUCAUUAA